CCUGCGUCGCUGAUCGUUGCAAUGUGCACUGCUAUGAUGGUGACUGCCCAUCUUGCAGAGCGAUGUCGAAAAGAAUUUUCACAAUUAUCUGUCAACAGACUGGAAUGACAAACCUUGCUCACAUCAAAUAUGCAGGCCCUUGUCCACGACUCUUCAAUGACUUAGCCGACGAAUACGUGGCUGUGAAGCGGAGAGUGGCAGCUUGAAU